AUGGCUUCGUCUCGACCGUUGGAUCGCAUCGGCCUCCCGCAGCCGCUGAUCAACCGGUUCUUCGCGCGAGGCUUGACUACUGCACAGCAAGUCCUCUCGUUGACCGCCGUUGACCUCAUGGAAGUGCUUGACUGCGACGGCGCGACCGUGCGCGACGCCAUGAUCGCAGUCUCGCGCGCCGCCUGUCCGCCGUCCUGCACCGUCGCCGACAUCGCCGCGGCCGGCGGAACCGGCCACCUGCGCCUCGACCUCCCCGCGCUCGACGCCGCGCUCGCCGGCGGGCUGCCGUGCGGCGCGAUCACGGAGAUCGCGGGCCCGGCAGGCGCGGGGAAGACGCAGAUGUGCAUGCAGGCCGCGGUCAUGGCGACGCUCCCCGCGUCUGCCGGCGGGUUUAACGCGUCCGUGGUGUAUUUCGAUACCGAGAGGCGGUUCAGCCCGAAGCGCGUGGCGGAGAUUGCUCUGAACCGGUUCCCCGCCUUCUUCUCGUCCCACAUGGCCAUGGAACAGCUCCUUUCGCGCAUCCUAUUAGUGCAACCAGUGUCCUCAGCAGAGCUCUUGGAUAGAAUAGCCAAUCUGCACACGUCGCUGGCAGGCAACAGCACGCGGCUCAUUAUCAUCGACAGCAUUGCUGCCCUUGUGCGCAUUGAGUUUGGAGCGGACAAUCUCGUUCAACGACAACAGCUGCUCUCCCAUCAAGCAUCAAAACUCAAGUACCUAGCAGAGAGCUUCUGUCUGCCUGUGCUCGUGACAAACCACGUUGCCUCAGCGUCCUCUUCCUUCUCUUCCUCCUCUUCCUCUCGCUCUGGUGGUCCUCCUGUAUCAAAUGAGAUGGACGGCAGGAGAGCAGCGCUGGGUGCCAAGUGGUCUCACUGUGUGAACGUGCGCCUGCUGCUCUCCACCGUCACCCAUGCUUCUGGCUCCCACCGUGUCUUGCAUAUUGCGAAAGCACCCAUGGCGCCUCAAAUCUCGUUUCCGUUCACCAUCACCAACAGUGGCCUCCAGGGUCUCGCGAGAACUCGCACAGCGGCCGCCAUGGCGGAGGAGUCCGAACCCCCGAAGAAGAUGCUUCUCGACGACGAUUACGAAGAUGAGGUGGCGGUCGCGAAGGGUUACGUUGGCGAAGAGUUCGAGCUUCGCAUCAACGAGGAAUACGCGAAGCGCCUCGAGUACAAUAAGCGGCGCGAGGAGAUGCACAAAUUGGAGGAGAAGGUAAAAGCGGGCUACCUGCCCUCGGGGGAAAGAAGCUCGGGGUUCCGUGGAAGAGGCCGCGGCGCUGGCGGAAGAUUCGGCGGAAGAGGCUGGGCCGAAGGCGGAAGGGGAGGCGGUCGAUGGGGCGGAAGGGGACGGGGUUUUGGCGGAUCUUGGGGGCAAGAUCGUCGGUUUGGGCGGAAUGACGAGGCGCAGGGGGAGGGGGAGUGGGAAGCGGAGGCGGAGGCGGAAGAAGGAGAGGCGGAGGAUAGCGAGGAGGAGGAGGACGAGCGGGACGAGCAUCUCUUUCGCCUGGAUCAAGAUGUUAAAUUCGUACAGGCCCUUACGAGGAUCAAGAACAAAGAUCCGGAGAUCUUUAAACCUGGUAAACACCUCUUCGAAUCGGACGGGGAGGAGGAGGACGAGGAGGAGGAGGAAGGGGAAGGGGAAGGGGACGGCGAGGAGGAAGCUGCGGGGGAGAAAGCGGGGAACGAAGAGGAGGACGAGGAGGAGGACGAGAAGGAGAAGAAGCAGAAGAAGAAGAAAAAGGCCAAGCCGGUUUAUCUGAAGGACGUGUUGGCGCAGCAGGCGAUCGACGGCGUCGGGCUCAGCGACGACGAGUCUGGCGGAGACGGUGACGGCGGCGGGGAGCGGGCGUCGCGGAAGGGCUACUUCGCGGAGCAGGAGGAGCUGAAGAAGGCGUUCCUCGACGGCGCGGAGGCAGGUGGGUGUGCGCGCGGGGAGGGGAGGCGGGUGGGUGCGUGGGGAGGGGAGGCGGGUGGGUGCGCGGGGAGGGGAGGCGGGUGGGUGCGCGGGGAUGGGAGGCGGGUGGGUGCGCGGGGAUGGGAGGCGGGUGGGUGCGUGGGAAUGGGAGGCGGGUGGAUCGAGGGGUGGGGGGCUGAGGAGGGCGAAGAGGGCGAGCUUCUGCGAGUCAAGAAGAAAAAGGGCAGCAAAAAGGCUCAGAAAAAGGCGGAAGGCGAGGAUGCGGAGGAGGAGGAGGACGAGGAGGACGAAGGGGAGGAGGAGGCGGGCGGGUGGGGCGACCCGGCGGUGAAGGGCGAGGUGCAGAAGCGGCUGGAGGAGUUCUUUGGUCGCGACGAGCAGCAGCUCUCGGAGGUGGACCAGUACCUCAAGUCGUACCUGCUGGAGCGGAAGUGGGUGCAGGACGACGAGGACGCGGGGUACGAGGGGCUACUGGGCGGGCCGGAGGUGGACGAGGAGGACGAGGAGGAGAUUAAGGAGCAGGAUGAGUUUGAGGAGCUCUUCAACUUCCGCUACGAGGAGCCGGGCGGCGCGUUCGUUGCUUCUUAUCCCAGUACGGGAGGAGAAGAGCAGGAUGAGUUCGAGGAGCUCUACAACUUCCGCUACGAGGAGCCGGGCGGCGCGUUCGUCGCUUCUUAUCCCAGGGAGAUUAGGGUGCAGGAUGAGUUCGAGGAGCUCUACAACUUCUGCUACGAGGAGCCGGGGGGGGGCGUUCGUCGCCUCCUACGCCAGAAAAAUGAGUUGGAGGAGCUUUAUGAUUUCCGCUACGAGGAGCCGGGUGGGGCGUUUGUUGCCUCCUACCCCAGAUGGGGAGAUAGAGGGGUUGGUGCGGCGCGAGAUGGAUGCGAGGAAGAGACUUUUGAGUCACCUCUGCCCCUCCUGCUCCCCUCUCCUCCCCCCUCCCGUUCCCCCCCCUCUCCACCCGCCGUCCAUUCAGGGAGAUUGAGGGGUCGAGAGAUAGAGGGGUCGGUGCGGCGCAAGAUGGACCGCCUUGACUCAUGUUCCAAGGGCAGCAGGUUUUUUUUUAAGGGCGCCUCAAAAGUCGCUCCUCCUGUUCCCCCCCUUCCACCCCCUCUAUUCUUCAGAGAGAUAGAGGGGUCGAGAGAUAGAGGGGUCGGUGCGGCGCAAGAUGGAAUCGAGGAAGCUGGCGAGGAAGGCGCGGGCGGAGCGGCGUGCAGCGCUGGAGGCGGAGAGGCAGGCGGAGCUGCGACGGCUCAAGAACCUCAAGAAGCUCCCUCUCACCCUUUUCCCUCUACUCCUUUCUUGCCCUCCCCCCUCCUACCCUCCCGCUCUCCUUUCUCCCUCUCCUUUCCCCCUCGCCUCCCCCCUCUUCCCCCUCCCGCCCCCCCCCUUCCCCCUCUAUUCUUCAGAGAGAUAGAGGGGUCGGUGCGGCGCAAGAUGGAAACGAGGAAGCUGGCGAGGAAGGCGCGGGCGGAGCGGCGUGCAGCACUGGAGGCGGAGAGGCAGGCGGAGCUGCGACGGCUCAAGAACCUCAAGAAGCAAGACAUUCUUGAGAAGCUUCAGAAGAUUAAACUCGUUGCUGGGCUGGGCGGAGGGGACGGGGACGGUGGAGGGAAGGGAGGGAAGGGUGGGAAAGGAAGGAAAGGGAAGGGAGGAGGUGGGUGGGGAGGUGGGGAGGAGUGGGAUGGGGAGGAGGCGGCUGGGCCGAUGGUUGAGUUGCUGGAAUCGGUUGAAUUUGAGGACGAUUUUGACCCUGUUCUGUUUGAUGCUAAGAUGAGAGUUGCUUUUGGGGAGGAGUAUUAUGGGAAGGAGGAUAGGGAGUUGGCUGAGGCGAAGAAAGAGGAGGAGGGGGAGGAGGAGGAAGAGGAGGAGGGAAAGAAGGGGAAGAAGGGAAAGAAGGAAGCGACUGCCAAAGAUGAUAGUGAGGAGGAGGAAGAAGAGGAGGAUGAAGAGGAAGAUGAAAACGAAGAGGAGGAAGAGGAAGAGGAGGAGGAAGAGGAAGAGGAGGAGGAAGAAGAGGAGGAGGAGGAGGAAGAAGAAGAUGAGGAAGAAGAGGAGGGGAAGAAGGGAAAGAAGGAAGCGACUGCUAAGGAUGAUGGUGAGGAGGAGGAAGAGGAGGAAGAAGAAGAGGAAGAAAAGGAAGCGGAGGAAGAGGAAGAGGAGGAGGAGGAGGAGGAGGAAGAGGAAGAAGAAAACGAAGAAGAGGAGGAAGAAGAGGAGGACGAGGAGGAAGAGGAGGAUGAGCAAACGGUAAAGAAGGGGAAGAAGGCAGCUGCUGCUAAAAGUGAUAGUGAGGAGGAAGAGGAAGAGGAGGAAAAUGAAGAGGGGGAAGAGGAGGAAGAGGAGGAGAAAGAGGAGGUAGAAGAAGAGGAGGCAGAGGAGGAGGAGGAAGAGGAGGAAGAAGAAGAAGAGGAGGAAGAGGAGGAAGACGAGGAAGAGGAGGAAGAGGAGGAAGAGGAGGAAGAGGAGGAAGAGGAGGAGGUGGGAAAGCCUGAUUUUGAGAAGGAGGACGAGCUGUUGGGGCUACCCAAGGGGUGGAUGAACGUGGGUUCCAAGGGGUUCGGUGCGGUGCGCCAGAAGCUCAUGAAGCAAGGCCUCAUCCCCAGCGCUUCUGCUUCUUCGGGAAAGAAGAAAGGAGAUGAGGAGGAGGAGGAGGACGACGAGGAAGAAGACGAAGAGAAUGAAGAGGAGGGAGAUGUGGAGAUGGAGGAAAAUGAAGAUGAUGACGAGGAGGAGGAGGAGGAGGAGGAGGAGGAUGAGGAGGAGGAGGAAGAGGGCGGAGAGGGGGGGAGGGGGAGUGCGAGGAAGAGGAGGAAGCAGCAGCAGAUGUCAGUACGUGAGAAGGUGGCGUUUGACAAGCGCCUGGAGGAGUAUUACAAGCUGGACUAUGAGGACAUGAUCGGCGACCUCCCAACCCGCGUUGCGUCAGAAGGGGAGGACGCGGGCCCGAAGGUGAGCAAGGCUGUGAAGAAGAACCUGGCGAGGAAGCAGAAGAGGCAUGAGAAGAUGCUUCUGGAAGGGAAGGACGGCAAGCAGGCGCUGUCGGUGUCCCGGCUGCAGUCGUACGGUGUGAUUCCCGUUGAGAAGGAGAAGAAAGGCAAGAAGGAGAAGAAGGGGAAGUAG